GCUGGCGGGCGCCUCUCACGCUCGCCCGACCACGGAGACCAAAAAUUACAAGAACAUACAUCGCGCAUGCGAAUAUCGAUCACUCGCACUCGAAAUGGUACCCGAAUCUAGGUUAACCGGCUAAAAUUAAAGGUUAAAGGGUCCAGCGACCGCGAUCCGUGACACGUUUGCCUUCUUAUAUGGAGCAGGGAGGUAAUAAAACGCGUGCGACGCGUUUAGCAAACAAAAAAUACGAAUUUAGGUAAUAUCAAACGACGGUAAUUGGACUCCGGUGCUGUAGUUAUGAACUUGCCUUAUCCCAAUAUGUGUUUCGGUGUGUAAUUAAUACUGCCAUACUUAUAAGUUGUGGACGUUUGUUGUAUGUUGUAAUGCUGCGUAGAACAAGUAUUGAGAGGCUUCAGAAAACGCAGCCUUGGACGCUCGUCUGACGAAACUGUUCAGGUCGCCACCUGCAGCAUAAUAGGGAGCCAUACGCCGCGGCGGAAAGACGGGUGCGACACGCACUCGUGAUCUAGAGGGAAGGGCGUGGUGCGGGCGGCGGCCGCGAGCCCGGCACCAUGGCUACGGUGGAAGGGCGGCCGGCGCAAUAUGGCGUCACCCUUCGGCAGCUGCGCGAGCUGAUGGAAUCUCGCGGGGCCGAGGGGCUAGCCAAGAUCAACGCGCUCGGCGGGCCUCAGGAUUUAUGCAAGAAGCUGUACACAUCGCCCACAGAUGGUCUUAGCGGGUCGAAAGCGGAUCUGCAGCACAGGCGAGAAGUGUUCGGUUCCAACCUCAUCCCUCCGAAACCUCCGAAGACCUUCCUAACCUUGGUAUGGGAGGCCUUGCAGGACGUCACGCUCAUCAUAUUGGAAGUGGCCGCUGUUGUGUCCCUUGGCCUGAGUUUUUACAAACCGUCCGAAGACGAAAGCGAUAUCGCACAUCUGGACGAAGAAGAAGGACAUUAUCAAUGGAUCGAGGGUCUGGCUAUUUUAAUAUCUGUCAUAGUUGUCGUUAUAGUCACCGCGUUCAAUGAUUACACGAAAGAGAGGCAAUUCAGAGGGCUGCAGUCAAGGAUAGAAGGCGAGCACAAGUUUGCUGUUAUACGCGGCGGCGAGGUCAAUCAGGUGCCGAUAAGUGAGAUCGUCGUGGGCGAUAUAUGCCAGAUCAAGUACGGCGACCUGCUGCCUACUGACGGUGUACUGCUGCAGAGUAACGACCUGAAGAUCGACGAGUCAUCUCUGACGGGUGAAUCGGACCAUGUUAAGAAGGGAGAAUCUUUUGAUCCCAUGGUGCUAUCUGGUACACACGUUAUGGAAGGCUCCGGUAAGAUGUUAGUGACAGCUGUCGGUGUGAACUCUCAAGCUGGUAUCAUCCUCACGCUCCUUGGUGCAGCCGAGACGAAGGAGAAACAACAGAAGAAAGAGUCUAAAAAACAACAAAGGAAAGAGCCACGCAAGAGUAUCCCAGGGGAUGAAGAACCGGCAUCAGGUAACAGCCACAACCACGCGAGGGUUGACGACAACCACGUGCCACCAGCUGACAAACCAGCACCCGAGAGCUCUCACAAGAAGGAGAAAUCUGUACUGCAAGCUAAACUAACCAAGCUCGCUAUCCAGAUCGGUUACGCGGGUUCAACGAUAGCUGUGCUAACAGUGAUCAUCCUAGUGAUUCAGUUCUGUGUCCAAACGUUUGUGAUAGAAGGCAGAGAGUGGAAGGCCACUUACAUCAACAACCUGGUUAAGCAUCUUAUUAUUGGUGUCACUGUACUCGUAGUUGCCGUGCCUGAAGGGUUGCCGUUGGCUGUCACUCUGUCGCUCGCUUAUUCCGUUAAGAAAAUGAUGAAAGACAACAACUUGGUUCGACACUUGGACGCCUGUGAGACGAUGGGUAACGCCACUGCCAUUUGUUCCGAUAAGACUGGUACAUUAACCACAAACCGUAUGACAGUCGUACAAUCGUAUAUAUGUGAGAAGUUAUGCAAGGUCACGCCGAAUUAUAGAGACAUACCGCAAGACGUCGCCGAAACUAUGAUAGAGGGUAUAUCCGUUAAUAGCGCUUUCACUUCUAGAGUUCUUCCAUCCUUAGAGCCGGGCGGUCCGCCAACUCAAGUGGGCAAUAAAACUGAAUGCGCUUUAUUGGGCUUCGUCGUAGGACUCGGCCAGAGCUACGAAACCGUCAGGGAGAGACAUCCCGAAGAAUCCUUUACCAGAGUAUACACCUUCAAUUCCGUUCGCAAAAGCAUGUCCACUGUCAUACCCUACAAGGGAGGUUACAGGUUGUACACCAAGGGUGCUUCGGAAAUCGUCUUAAAGAAAUGUUCAUUCAUCUAUGGUCAUGAAGGUAGACUUGAAAAGUUCACCCGCGAUAUGCAGGACCGUUUGGUGAGACAGGUCAUUGAACCCAUGGCGUGCGACGGUCUAAGGACAAUCUCCGUCGCAUACAGAGACUUUGUUCCGGGGAAAGCUGAUAUUAACCAGGUGCACAUAGACCAAGAGCCUAAUUGGGACGAUGAAGAUAAUAUCGUUAACAACUUGACCUGUCUUUGUGUCGUCGGUAUUGAAGACCCUGUGAGACCUGAGGUACCCGAGGCUAUCAAGAAGUGUCAGAAGGCUGGUAUCACUGUAAGAAUGGUGACUGGUGAUAAUGUCAACACUGCUAGGUCUAUAGCCAUUAAGUGUGGAAUAUUGAAGCCCACUGACGAUUUCCUCAUACUUGAGGGCAAGGAGUUCAACAGGCGGAUCAGGGAUGCCAAUGGAGAGGUCCAACAACACUUAGUGGACAAAGUAUGGCCGAAGCUUCGCGUUUUGGCUCGGUCGUCCCCAACCGACAAAUACACACUGGUUAAAGGAAUGAUAGAGUCUAAGGCUUUCGACACACGGGAGGUGGUGGCCGUCACCGGGGACGGUACCAAUGACGGACCGGCUCUGAAGAAGGCUGAUGUUGGUUUUGCCAUGGGUAUCGCUGGGACGGAUGUAGCCAAAGAGGCGUCCGACAUCAUCCUGACAGACGACAACUUCUCGUCUAUAGUGAAGGCCGUGAUGUGGGGGCGUAACGUUUACGAUUCCAUCGCCAAAUUCUUGCAAUUCCAAUUGACUGUUAACGUUGUUGCCGUUAUUGUUGCGUUCAUAGGAGCCUGCGCUAUUCAGGACAGUCCUCUUAAGGCUGUCCAAAUGUUAUGGGUGAAUCUGAUCAUGGACACGUUAGCGUCUCUCGCCCUGGCCACGGAACUGCCGACCCCUGACCUGCUACAGCGGAAGCCGUACGGAAGAACCAAACCCCUCAUCAGCCGCACCAUGAUGAAGAACAUCCUCGGACAGGCUGUGUAUCAGCUCUUCAUUAUAUUCACACUACUAUUCGUGGGCGAUCGGCUUCUCAACAUCCCGUCUGGUCGCGGUCAGCAGCUGGGCGCCGAACCCUCGGCUCACUUCACGAUAAUCUUCAACACUUUCGUCAUGAUGACUCUCUUUAACGAGAUCAACGCCCGCAAGAUACACGGACAACGCAACGUAUUCCAAGGACUGUUCACCAAUCCCAUCUUCUACUCCAUAUGGAUAGGAACCGCGCUAUCCCAAGUUGUCAUCAUCCAAUUCGGCGGCAUGGCAUUCAGUACAGCAGGUCUCACGAUAGACCAGUGGUUGUGGUGUCUGUUCUUCGGGGCUGGUACCCUAGUGUGGGCACAACUCGUAACCACCAUACCUACCAGGAAGAUACCCAAGAAACUAUCCUGGGGCCGCGGACAACCGGAUGCGGAAACGCUGCCCACAGGUCCCGACUACGAUUCCGACCUCGAUAAGAAGCCUCGCGCCGGCCAGAUACUGUGGAUAAGGGGUCUCACGCGCCUGCAGACGCAGGUCAUAGGUGGCGAGUUACAAGAGCGCUUGAUUCCUGUGCCCUACAGCAAGACUUCUACCGAUCAAGCUAUCCGUGUGGUGAACGCGUUCCGGCAGGGGUUGGACUCGCGCGGCUCGCUUGCUGACGCAGCACUAGCGGAAGCGCUCCGCAAGCAGACAGCGCUGGCGAAGCGAUUCUCACACUCGUCCAGCGUAGAGUAUGACGCGCCGCACUCCCUGGCGCCACACGACCUGGACGUGGAGCGCCUCUCCAGCCACAGCCACACGGAAACCGCCGUCUAACACCCCCCACCCCCGGACACCCCGCCCGCGCCGACCGACGCCGCCAUCGCUCCCUUGUAAUAACGAUCGUGUAUAGAAUGAUAUUUUUUAAAACGAUUGUCAGGUAUUCUUUUUGACGCCGGUGUGCGAGCAUAAGUUAUUGUUAACUAGUGUGUUUAAUUAUUCGAUUGUUUUGAAAAUAUUUUAUUAUUAUACGCGCCGCGUUGCGACGCGCGCGUCUGUUGAACAAAUAUAAAAAAAAAAUAUUGUCUAAUUAUUAAUUUUAGAUUUAAGCGCGAGGACGAGCGAAUGGGCGUGUGUUUUUUGAAAAAUAAAAUGAAAAAAAAAAUUCGCGUAGCAUCGUGUCAUCUAUUACACGGAAUGAAUUGUUUUGUAUUGCUUUUGUCAAAGACAUGUUGUGGUGCGGCCGGGGAGGGGGCGGCCGGCGCGUCGCCUCGAUUCAUCCUUUUGUAUAAAGUUAUUUCAUUAGUAGCGCAGUAUCAUCGUUUGUACGUAACGCCGAGUGAUAUUAGAAGCGCGCGCCACCCCGCCUCCCCCACCCCGCCCAACCCGCGCCUUGUAUACUUAACUAAAUUAUUGAAGUAUUAGUUAAGGUGUUUGUUAUAAAUUUCAAUAACUAUUUUUUUUUUGUUUUUACGACCUUUUCCUCUAUAUCUAAGUAUAUAUUUAAGUCAUAUUUCGUACGUAGACGCAUCAACAGUACAGUUUCUAUACAAGAACCGUUCUCCGUAUUCUUGUGUAAAAACCUACGUAGUCCACUUAACCAUCUUCAAAAUGUUUAAAUAGAAAUAAACAUUAAAUUGUAUAGCUGAUGGUAUUUAUUUGUAAUGCUAGUCUCUUAUGAAGCAAAAUACUAAUUAUUCAAUUAUUAUAAUGUACUUAUUGAUUAUUGAUAAAUACUUCAACUUUAUUAAACAGAAUAUAGUAUACAUGUAACGAAUUGAUUUUGGAAUUUUUUCUCUACGAGCAAUAGCGUGACGCUCGUCCGGCCUUACCUCAAGUGCGGGGAGAAAGAGACGGAAGUCAUUGGACCAAUUUGACCUGAUGAAUUAGAAAUUGACGUGCUACAGGACCGGGUGAGGAUAAUGACUUCAGACGCUACCGUUAGACGGAUGUGACGUAAGAUUUACGACGAAGAACGACAACUAACAGGAGAUACAUCGCACUUGAGGCUGGGUCAAUACAGGCGUCGGCACAGACAUAGGCGACUUAGAAUCGCAGUGGCAUUUUGAACUUAUAAAGUAAGACAUGUACUUAAUGGACCUAGUGAUGAGUUGAACAAGGUUUCGACAACACAAGCCGGAUGCUCGCUGCCCACUUGUUUUAGGAAUUAAUGAUUAUGAUCGAGCGAUUUAGCGGAUCGGCAUGUUCAAUUUUGUAUAGGAAGUUUCAUAGUAGCAUUAUUGAGAGUUGUUAUGUUUUAUUUUGUGAGGUUCGUAGCGUUUGGUUGCACGAGCGACGUUCCUCGACUAGUGUAGAUCGCGCGGACGCGCUCGCCCACACUCGGCGAGCGGCUAUCACUACUAAACUAUUAAACAAUCUUGUAAGUAAUCGAGUAUUAGCUUUGAAUCAGUAAAGCCUUUUUAAAAAAAACUUAGUUAAAAAAAAAACUAUUAAAAUUUCACGGUUAAAUAAUAUUAGUUAUGUUUUCAGUGAAUAGAAAGGUCAUGGUUAUAGUUUUGUGUAUAAUUAUUGCUAUAUUUUCGUUACGUACCAGUUUCCCGAUGAAAGACAUAAAUUAGGAGUCUACUGUGACGUAGGGGGUCCUCCCUCCUACCUAACAAUCAAUUGUUUUGACAGUCAUUGUCUGCCACUAACCAUUUUAGGUAAUAAGUCCCAUUGUUGUAUUUUUCGUCUCACAAUAAAUGAAAUCUAUUUUAUUGUUUUUAAA